AUGGCGCAGAAUACCCGCGCCUUUGCUCUCCUCUACCUUCUCAUUUUCUUCUGCGCUUCCCUCCCGUCCUCCUUUUCCUCCCUAAGCGAUCGUCGACUCACCCCACGCGAGCGAAUCCUUCGCGACGGCGCGCUUCUCGCCGACCGAAGCCACUCCGUCAUCUUCAAGAAAGGCUCCUCUAGCGACUAUUCCGCCGAUUCCGUCAGUUCCGUCAAUUCUGCCGGCAUGGGAGCAGACACUCGACGGAAUCUAAACGGCGGUCCGGUGACGUCGUUCGCGAUCGCAAACGGUAUCUCGCGGGGCAGUCUCAUCCAGAGCGGCUUCGACGACGUGGCGAGCGAUCGCUCUGAGUCGUCCAGCGAUCGCUUUCAGUCGCAUGGCGACAAGUUCAGAGAUCCGAGCGAUCAGUUUGAGGCGCCGUCGCUCACCAUCUUCUGCGCUCCGAAACCCUACUCGUCGAUCGUGGAUCCCUCAGACCCUAACCCCGACUCGCAGCGGCGCGCUUUGCUCUCCUGGCUGCGCCUCUCCCCGCCUCCAAAAGUCGUCCUUUUCGGAAACGACACGUCGUUUCACGAGCUAGCGCGUCGGUUUCCCGCGCAAAUCUCCGUCGAGCCGCUGAUCGACAGCAACUUCUACGGCGUGCCGCAGUUUCACAGCAUGGUGGCGCGCGCGCAGGCCGCAGCGACCGACAUCUCGAUGAUCAUCAACGGUGACAUCAUCCUCCUGAAUGACGUCAUGCUCGCGUUGCAGAAGACGCACGGAACCUUCCAGCACUGGGUGAUGACCGCGGCGCGGUGGGAUAUGCCGGAAGAUUUCCCGUACUCCUUCGAGCCGCAGAUGUGGGGGCAGCGGGGGCUGGCUCGCGGGCGCAGCCACGCGGCGAUGGAGGAGGAAAUCCGCGAAUUUGUACGCGAUGUAGGCACGCUGCACACGUACGGCGGGGUGGAUUUCUGGGCGUGGAACAAUGACUCUCCUGCGCCGCUAUUCGACGGGGUUAUGCCGCCUUUUUCGUUCGGGCGCGGGAAGUACGACAACUGGUUCACGCACGAGAUCGUGGCGGCUGGGCGGCGGACCAUGGUCGACGCCAGCGAGGCAGUUACGGCGAUCCACGUGGCGCAUUCUUACUCGCACGUGGUAGAAUCAGCCGCGACCAAGAGCAUUGGUAACGGAAACGUUAACGGAAUAGCAGCAGGGAAAAACUUUUGGAGCACGCGGAAGAAGAGCAGCUGGGAGCUGUUCGGUAACAUCCACAUGGCCAUGACACAUGGUUCCUACGCCAAUCAGAAGGGCACCGCGCUGCACGUGCCCUGGAAGCUCGCCACGUGUCACGAGCCCUCAGUGCACAACAUGUGCCUGCAGCAGCGCCUUCGCCCCGCCACUUGUACCUGCGAAUCCGCGAAUUUCGUCCGGUCCAGCCAGACAGACCCGAAGCUGGAUAAAACGGGCAGGAAAUGGACAUGUGGCAGCGUGUCAGUGGACAGGAAUUCGGAUUACAGUAUCCCCACUCUUCCUCCUCCUUCACCCGCCUCCUCCCCUGUAGGCCUCCCACACACCAUGGAACAGCUAUUGCCCACAAUCGCUCGGAGCGUACCCGAUGGGCGGGGGGGAGAGCUGCAGGUGGUAACCCUAGUGGCGGUAACUGCGGGGUACGCGGAGAUGCUGAUGAGCUUCGUGUGCCGCCUGCGCUCCCUCGGCCUCGCUUCCAACCUCCUCGUUGCCGCGCUUGAUGAGGACUUGUACCGAUUCGCCUUCACGCAGGGCCUGCCCGUGUACUAUGAGCAAGUCAGCCAACGGCUGAAGGGGGUGGAUUCAAAGGACUGUGCCUUUGGCAGCCAGUGCUUCAGGCAGUUCACUAAGCUGAAAUCCCGGGCUGUGCUUCGGGUGCUCAAGGCGGGGUAUUCUGUGCUCUGGACCGAUGUGGACAUUGUCUGGUUCACCGACCCUCUCCCAGACCUGCUCUCGUAUGGCCCGGGGACUUUUCCAAUCCAGAGCAAUGAGCCGAACGUGACUCUGCCUGGGACGGGCAUUCGGCGGAUCAACUCUGGGUUUUACUUUGCUCGGGCGGAUAAAAAGACGGUGGCGGCGUUUGAGGCGAUCACUGCGCAUGCAGCUACUACGAGAUUGUCAGAACAGCCGAGCUUUUAUGAUAUUCUGUGCGGGGUGAAGGGCGAGAAUGUUGUGGAGGGGAAGGAGGAGUGCGUGUGGGAAAACGGGCUUCGCACUAUCUUCCUUGAUAGAGUGGUUUAUGCGAAUGGUGCAGCGCAUGGGUUUUGGGAUGAGGAGGAUGUGGAGGGGGCUUGCAGGAGAAAGGGGUGCACUAUUCUUCACAACAACUGGAUUGCAGGCAAGGAUGCCAAGAAGCAGCGGUUUGCGUUGAACUCGUUUGCCUCACUCCGCCUAUGGAUGCCAUCAGGCAGCGUGCAGCAGUCACCCUUGCUGUCGGUGCUAAUCACUUUCCUCCUUCCUGUCGCCACCGCCGCGGUGAACAAGCACUCUCAAAUCAAGCACAUUCAACAGCGGCAAGCGCAGCAGCAAGAGCAGCAGCGGCAGCGCCCUUUCCUCACCAUCUUCACCGCGCCCAAGCCCUACACGUCCAUCCUCGAUCCGUCCUCCCCGCACGCGGACCCGCAGCGGCGCGCGCUGCUCUCGUGGCUGCGCCUCCGCCCGUCCCCCAAGAUCGUUCUGCUGGGGAACGACUCCUCUUUCCGCGCGCUCGCGCGGCAGUUUCCCGCGCACGUCGCGGUCGAAUCGGCCAUCGAUACGAAUUUUUACGGCGUGCCGCAGGUUCACAGCGUGGUCGCGCGCGCUCAAGCCGCGGACACGCCCGUCUCGAUGGUGAUCAACGCGGAUAUUAUUCUCAUGAAUGACGUCAUGGCUGCGAUGCGGAAGGUUCACGAGAACUUUCGCCACUGGGUGAUGACCGCGGCGCGGUGGGACAUGCCCGAGGAGUUUCCGUACUCGUUCGAGCGGGAGAUGUGGGCGGGGCGCGGGCACCGGGAACAUGAAACGACAAUUCGCGAGUUCGUACGUACGCACGGGACGCUGCACACGUACGGCGGGGUCGACUUCUGGGCGUGGAACAACGACGACCGUAGGCCGGUUCCUCUGGUGAGAGGAACCGUACCGCCGUUCUCGUACGGCCGCGGCAAGUAUGACAACUGGCUGACGCACGAGAUCAUCUCGUCGGGGCUCCGUGAAAUCGUCGACGCCAGCGAGGCCGUUACAGCCGUACACGUGGCGCACUCCUAUUCGCACGUGAUGGAGUCGGCGUUCACGAAAAACGCGGCGGGAUUGGCGGGGAAGAGCUUCUGGAGCACGAGGAUGAACAGUAGCUGGGAGCUGUUCGCGAAUAUCCACCUGGCGCAUACACACGGGACGUACGCCAAUCAGAAAGGGACACCUCUGCACGUGCCUAUCAAGCUGAUGAACUGCCUUGAAGCUUCGGCCAACUUCCUCUGUCUGCAGCGCCGCCUGCGCCCGGCAGCGUGCUCCUGCGACCAACUUCCUGUGUCUGCAGCGCCGCCUUCGUCCUGCAGCCUGUUCCUGCGAAUACUCCUCCUCGGUGGCCGCCUCUCAGACGGACCCCCGCAUGAACGCCAAGACGAACCAGUGGACCUCCUACCAGUACUAGCCCGCAAGGUCCCGGACGGGCGGGGGGGGGAGCUACAGGUGGUAACCCUAGUGGCGGUAACCGCGGGGUACGCGGAGAUGCUGAUGAGCUUCGUGUGCCGCCUGCGCUCCCUCGGCCUCGCCUCCAACCUCCUCAUUGCCGCGCUUGACGAGGACUUGUACCGAUUCGCCUUCACGCAGGGCCUGCCUGUGUACUAUGAGCAGGCAAGUGAGGAGGUGAAGCACAUGCGUGCCUCAGAGUGUGGUUAUGGUAGCCAGUGCUUCCGCCACUUCACCAAGCUCAAGUCUCGCUCCGUGCUCAAAGUCCUCAACGCCGGCUACUCUGUUCUCUGGACCGACGUCGACAUCGUCUGGUUCACCGAUCCUCUCCCGGACCUGCUCUCGUUCGGCCCGGGAACGCUCCCGAUCCAGAGCAACGAGCCGGACGCGAAUCUGCCCGGAACUGGCGUUCGGAGGAUCAACUCGGGGUUUUAUUUCGCCCGAGCAGACCGGAAAACAAUCGAGGCGUUUGAGGCGAUCACUGCGCACGCAGCAGCAACGAAAUUGUCCGAACAGCCAAGCUUCUAUGAUGUUCUCUGUGGGGAGGCAGGCGAGCUAGUAGCCGCAGGGAGGGAGGAGUGCGUGUGGAAAAACGGGCUGAGAACGGUGUUUUUAGACAGAGCUAGGUACCCUAACGGGGCAGUUCAUGGGUUGUGGGAGCAGAAAAAUGUUCACAGGGCGUGUGCAAAGGUGGGGUGCUCCAUUCUGCAUAAUAACUGGAUAUCUGGGAGGGAGGAGAAGAUGAGGCGGUUUUUGGCAAAUGACAUGUGGCAUUAUGAUGCAGACAGGCGCAUGUGCGUAUGGGAGUGGCAUGGGAAGGUUCCGGAACUGGUGAGACAAGUGGGAGGAGAGGGGGGUGGACGAGAGCUACCGUAA